CACACCUGAACACUGCUGCUGUUGAACGUCUCCCUCGCUGACAGGAAGUGUGGAUGGACAAGGGAGGGAACCUCCCCCGUGGUUACUUUAAGAGGUCAGAGCAUUCACAGCUUCAGCCCUGACUGAGCUCUGUUUGUCAGACUCUGAGGAUGAAGAUCGCUGUGCUGGGAGCCACCGGGCAGACUGGUCAGUUCCUGGUCAACCAGGCGCUGCAGCAGGGUCACACGGUCACCGCCGUCGUCAGGAACCCGGGAAAACUUCCCAUACACCAUGAUAAUCUCAAGGUGGUGGAGGCUGAUAUUUUCUCUGCGGACAGUCUGACGAGUCAUUUCAAGGGACAGGAUGUGAUCAUGUCCUGCCUCGGCUUCCCGACCUCCAUCUUCUCGUCCGUGUCGGGCUACACCCAGUCCAUGCAGGCUAUGGUCAGCGCCAUGCGAGAGGCCCGGGUCAACAGGAUCAUCACCAUGACCUCCUGGUAUACUGAGCCCAACUCAGGAACUAACUCGCCUUACCUCAUCCGCUUCCUCCUGCUGCCGAUGAUCCGGAGCGUCCUCACCAACAUGUAUGAGAUGGAGCAGUUUCUGCAGGACACUAAGGACGUCACCUGGACCGUGGUCCGUCCACCUGGACUCAAGAACCUGCCGGCCUCAGCUCAAGAGUUUCUGACCCACGAGGGAUACUUUGUGCCCCAGAGCAGCGGUCAGUCUGCAGGCGGUGCGGUGGGCAGAGGAGACGUGGCUCGCUUCAUGCUCUCUCUGGUCAGCAGCAAUGCCUGGGUCAAGAGGGGCGUCGCCAUCACUACCAAAUGAGAAAAGAAGAAGAGUAGUUGCCAAAGCGUCAGUUCACAUUCUCCAGCCACGCAGAUAUUUAUUUAUAUUUCCUUUUCAGAUAUCAACCGUUGAGAUUUUGAGCCUCCACUGCAAUACAGCAGAGGUCAACGGAAGGUUUUGGUUUUCAAAACAUUCACAAAUCUAAUUUUUAGAUAUUUUCUCAAUUAAGCCAGUGACCAUUUUGUCUAAAGAAAUGUCAGAAAAUGGUGAAAACAGUCAUUAUAGCGCAAGGUGAUUUUUUUAUGUUUUAUUAUCACACGUCACAAAUAAAAGCCACAAUUUUAUCCACAUUUCUUUCGACUGACUGAUGGAUUAAUAAACUCUUCGCUUCUGCUUCGAACUGAUCAAUGUGAAGGUUUCGGCUGCUGCAGGUAGUAACUGUCUUCACGGUCGAUUCUGCCCGAGCUAAGGACGGGUUGGGUUGAACUGGCCCUUUAACUACAUGUGCAGUUUACUUCCUGCCUCAACAGUCUAUCGUUGCCUUACAUGCCUUUUUAAUGACUCUUGUUUAUUAUCUAUGUUUGUUGUUUUUAUGAUCAGUGAAAACUCAGCGAGGUUACACUGCUCUCACUGUUUGUAAGACAUGAUUACAGCCACACGAGGUCAGUGUGGUGCCACCUCCUGCAGCAGCAAGUGACCUGCGACUUGAUUUAAUGUACGAAAGUCUGUUCGCUUUUUUAUUUUUUUUAUUUACAGUGGAUAUCUCUGAAUGAAAUAAAACCUUCCAUGUUCAAUAUGUUGUAUUUAUGAGCAGUAAUUUAGAUUAAAGUGUACUACAUUAUUAAAAUAUGCACUCAGGCAUAUACAGUACAUCUGUAUGUACAGUGUGUACAGAACAUGGGAAUGUACGUCACAAGUCAAACUAUUUGUGGUAUUGAAGUUUCAGGAAAUUCUGGUUUCACUUUGCUCUCUGAUGUUUGCUAAAAAUAAAAAAAAAAGAUCUGAACGCCAAA